AUGGGAGGCAGAGUGCUGGUUAUUGCCGGCUCCGACUGCUCCGGCGGGGCAGGGCUGGAAGCCGAUCAAAAAGUUCUCGCCGCGCACGGCUGCUACGCCAUGACGGCGACCACAGCCCUGACUGCGCAAAACACCACGGGCGUCAAGGGGAUUCACGUCAUCCCGGCAGCUUUUGUCCAACAGCAGAUUGAGGCCUGCAUAGAAGACGUCGGCGUCGAUGUGGUCAAAACAGGUAUGCUUGCUGCCGCAGAGACCAUUGACAUGAUUGCGAGGCAAGUCGCCAAGCACAGGAUCAUGUCGUUGGUGGUCGAUCCGGUGAUGGUGUCGACAUCUGGUGCUCAGUUGCUUCCGCACGAGGCCAUACGAGGACUUUGCAAGCAUCUGCUUCCCUUGACAACAGUCCUCACGCCCAACAUCCCAGAGGCCAUGCUCAUCCUCUCGGAAAACGGCGAUUCUGCCCUGGCUGAAUACCAGAUUUGUUCCGUCUCCGAUGUCGAAUCCAUUGGUCGCCGUAUCCAAGCUCUUGGUCCGGCAUGGGUACUUGUCAAGGGCGGCCAUCUACCAUUACGAGCAGAUAUGAAAGUCGCCGAAACAGAGGAUGAGAAGCAACUCGUCGUAGACGUUUUAGUCGGACCAGAGGGCGAGAUCUUCAGGGUACAAAGCCCCUACCAGCCAAGCACUAGUACUCAUGGUACAGGCUGCUCUCUGGCUUCUGCCAUCGCCGCCGGACUUGCCAAGGGGACCGACGUCGUUUCUGCCGUGCGCUCGGCCUGUCGAUACGUCGAGGCUGGUAUAAGUAGUGCACCAAAGCUGGGCAGGGGCAACGGGCCACUCGAUCAUUUCCACUCCAUCCAAAUCCUCCCAUUCUCUCCUGGCCAUUUUCUCGAGUAUCUCCUCCAGCGCCUUGAUGUUAAAGACGUCUGGAACACAUUCAUCUACCAUCCAUUUGUAAUGGCUCUUGGGGACGGAACCCUACCGCUCGAAUCCUUCAAGGGAUACAUCGUUCAAGACUAUCUUUACCUGGUUCACUUUUCAAGAGCAAAUGCUCUUGCGGCUUACAAAUCAAAGGAUAUCCAAAAUAUCGGCAAGGCCAGCGAAAUCGUCAGCCACAUCAUCCGCGAGACGCAGUUACAUGUCAAUUACUGCAAAAGUUUUGACAUAUCAGAGCAAGAAAUGCAGAAAACCGAAGAAAAACAAGCGUGUACGGCGUAUACCCGAUACCUGCUGGACAUUGGCCAGAGCGAAGAUUGGCUCGCCCUCCAAAUGGCUCUGGCCCCCUGCUUGCUCGGCUACGGUGCAGUGGCCCAUAUGCUGCAUUCUCACCAACUCACUCGCCGCAGCGGCAAUACCUACUGGCCGUGGAUCCAGAACUACUUGGCCGAGGACUACACAAAAGCUGUCAGGCUAGGGUCCGAGCUUUUGGAAAAGCAUAUACGGCUGCAGUCACCGAGUCGGAUCGAAGAGCUGGUUCACAUAUUCAUUCAUGCAACAAGGAUGGAAAUUGGGUUCUGGGAAAUGUUUCCGUACAGAUAG